AUGAAUUCCACCCUGCAACAAUUUCCCCUUCCGCCUUUCUCACCUCUCAACAUCAACACCCAUUCCAACACCUACAACUCCUCAUCCUCCCGACGUCCAUCCAGCCAGACCUCCAGCACACCCAGCUCACGAACCACCUCGCCGCCCGCUUCACCAACCUUCACUCUGCGUCGGCGUCACCAGCUCACCAGCCAGGCCUCCCCACACCAUCUCUUCAAUCUCUCCUUCCACCCAACCGCCUCUUCCAUCGCUACCAACCCUGGAAAUGAAUACCGGCCUCUCCAUACUGUGGAGAAUCACCAUGACGACUUCCACGGGAAUGCACAGUAUUCUAUCAACUCAUCGCGCGGGGACGUGAGCCGUCCCCCGACUUCAGUCCUCCGUGGUCGAUCCUCUCUGAUGGUCCUCCGACGACGCCCUUCGGCUGUGGACCGGGCCUUGAGUGAGGAACGAUAUCGUUGUGAUGAGGAUGCGAUCGAGAGGCAAGGGUUGAAUCUCAUGGAGCCUCGGCCCGUGGAUAUGCAAUUGCCCAUCAGCAUGUUGACGGGGGAGACGAGCUUGUUCCACUGUCGGUCUCCGUCCGCAUCCAGUGCUCAAUCAGAGCUAGAUGGUCUCUCGGCCCCGGCUCAACACCCUCGCUUUGUGAUGGGGGGCAUCUUUGAAGUCAUGGAGGGCCGAGCAUAG